AUGGCGUAUUUUUAUCCUUACCAUUGCGUCCAGAGAUAUCACGCACAGUCUAAAAACCCGAAUUAUCUUCCCCCCAGCUCCCGCCUCAUAUUAUAGGUGAAACUUCCUAGUGAUACAAGUUGACAGCGUACAACAAGGAUGAUCAUUACGCUUAUGAUAACGGCGACGGCAACGACGGUGAAUAAACACGAACAUUUCUCUGCGGAAACAGUCAUAUGUUUCAAACAAGACGAAUGCAAGUGCAUUCGGUGAUGUAACUAUCAUGUCCCUUCGGUGAUGAUCCAUAGCCCCUUACUUUCAGAUUUCAGAAUGAAGAUUUCCACGGCAAGGUGCAAGAAAAUCAAAGUGAUAAAAACAUCCAACACGGUCAAACCUUUCCAACGAAGUGGAGCUUCUACACAUGAGGCAAUGGCCGAAGAAGGAUGAGGACAGCAUCUACGAGUGCCCAAACUCACCUUCCAGUCGAUAG